UAUGCAUUUACAUACAUGCCCGAACGGCCGCUGUUGUCAUUUUCCUUCUUUCCCAAGGUUUGCAGCCACCAUCAGCAAACUAGGGUUUUCAAGAAUCCAUUCUCAUUUUCAAGAAUCCAAAACCACCCAGUGCUAGUGUUUUUUCAAGAAUUCAAUCUCAUUUUCAUGGCAGCAUCAGCUGAUGCCGCGAAUUUCGGUGGCAAGACGAGCGUCCGCAUCGUCGUCGUCGGCGACCGCGGCACCGGAAAAUCCAGCCUCAUCGUCACCGCAGCUGCCGAUUCGUUCCCCGACACCACCCCACCCGUGCUCCCUCCCACGCGCCUGCCGCCGGAUUUCUACCCCGACCGUGUCCCGAUCACCAUCAUCGAUACUUCAUCGAGUCCGGAGCACCGGAGUAGGCUCGGACAGGAAUUGAAGUUGGCAGAUGCGGUUGUACUGACAUAUGCAUGUGAUGAACCGGCCACGCUUGAUCGGCUGAGCACGUACUGGCUUCCAGAACUUCGUCGGCUGGAUGUGAAGGUGCCGGUGAUCGUGGUUGGGUGCAAGUUGGAUUUGAGAGAGGAGCAGCAGGUUAGCCUGGAGCUGGUGAUGUCACCGAUCAUGCAACAGUUUCGGGAGAUCGAGACUUGUAUAGAAUGCUCGGCAUUGAAACAAAUUCAGGUCAUGUCAACAAGGUUCUACAAUCAGUGUCAUGCAAAUACGUUAACAAGUGGUUGACCAUCAACAUUAGGU